UUGAAAAACUGCCCACCAUACGCGGCGUUGUCUUACACAUGGACUUCUCCGAUCAUCAGCGAUGCAGAGCUCAAGAACGGAACUGGAACUGGCCUUUCGGAGUCCUACCAUGAGAUCGAAUGCAACGGCCGGUCCCACAUGAUCAACGACAGCUUGUACCAGGCACUGCUACAGUUCUCCAGAAUAAAAGAGACAGCUCAGCAACACUUGUGGGCAGAUGCUCUUUGUAUCGACCAGACCAAUAUACCGGAGCGUGGAGCCCAGGUAGCCCUGAUGGGAGAAAUAUACGCCUCAUGUGCUCGCGUGGUUGUAUGGCUAGGC